AUGUUGGUCCAUUUCAUGCCUGCCGGAUUUUGCACUCUGCCGAUGGACCUGAUGCUCGCGCCUCUGCCCGCUCGAAGGCAGCUCUGGGAGGCGCCCGAGAACAGGUCGUGGGAGGCAGAGACCAAGACGGCAAUGGGUCAUGGUCACGCGUAUGCCAUGGCAACCAACGGGGAUCUCGUCAAGCUUAGUGACGAUUCGAUCUUGCUGGAUCACACGGACCUCAUCGAUCAGUGCGAGGCAUUGGGUGGGAAGACGUAUCCGAGAGGUGCGGCAACGUGGGACGAAUGGCUGGCGAACACCGAUGCCUUCGGGGGAUUGAUCAUGCUCGCUGCGUCCAUGGUCCAGUAA